AAAACCUCAUCUCCGAACACCUUGACCCUCUGCCGCUCUCUCAGUGAAACCCUAACCAGAGACCAAAACGCAGAGAGCUUCGCUGCAAUCAUGGGGCGCAUGCACAGCCAUGGUAAGGGUAUGUCAGCUUCGGCUCUGCCCUACAAGAGAACCCCACCGAGCUGGUUGAAGAUCUCUACCCCCGAUGUGGAGGAUAGCAUUUGCAAGUUUGCGAAGAAGGGUAUGACGCCGUCUCAGAUCGGUGUGAUUCUUCGUGACUCUCAUGGAAUUGCUCAGGUUAAGAGCGUUACUGGAAGCAAGAUCUUGCGGAUUCUUAAAGCUCAUGGUCUUGCUCCUGAAAUUCCUGAGGAUCUGUACCACCUUAUCAAGAAGGCUGUGUCAGUCAGGAAGCAUUUGGAGAGGAACAGGAAGGACAAGGAUUCCAAGUUCCGUUUGAUUCUUGUGGAGAGCAGGAUUCACAGGCUUGCUCGUUACUACAAGAAGACAAAGAAGCUCCCCCCAGUCUGGAAAUACGAGUCCACCACUGCCAGCACUCUUGUUGCUUAGGUUGGGAAUGAAGCUCUGGAUAGCUAGCUUGGGUUCUCUUGGCCGGAUGCAUGGACUUUUAUAAUUAAGCUGUUUGCUCGAAUUUUAAAUUUCUGUCUUAUGUAAGAUUUUGGUAUUCUUAAUGUAUACCUAGGACUUGAUUCGUUGUUGUCCUUCUAUGACCAUAACCAUUUUGAGCUUUUGACUACAAUGUUAAACUUGAAAUUUUCGAUCUUUUAUGCU